UUAUAGGACCUGCCUAAGCGCAUAGACGAAGAAGAAAAUACAGAAAUAAAAUAAUUUUAUAUAAAUAUUUAAAAUGAAAAAUACACACAUACGCGCGUACAAUUAUGUGUAUGUUUGUGCAAAAUAUGUGAACUAAAAGUUCGAGGCAUAUCAAAAUUAAAACAAAAUUUGCAGCCUAAAAGAAAAUCUCGCAACAAAUUUUGUGCAAAGUUAAAAAAUAUUAUGCAAAAAUGUCCUCGAAAUUACGCGGUGAGGAAACAUAUCGACGCAUUACACGCGAAAAGCUAGUGCUGCGCGGCAAUACUGCCAUUCGCACCUUGGAUUCCACCACAUCUUAUCUACCGCUGCUGCCUGGCACAUCCACAACUCCGCCAACUGGGCUCUCGCAUGUGGCACGCAUGAUGGACUCAUUGAUACUGGACCAAUAUCCACCAUUCGCCUUUACUAAGAUCACAACCACACACAGGCCGACACGUACUGGGAACAUCAAAAAAACCGAAACCACACGCACAACCACAUUAAGCGGUCUUUCGCCAAGCAGUUCAGCUACACUGGGUGCCGGUAGUGGCAUUGCGACGGGGGGAAUACGAAAAACGCGUAUACCAACGCAAGAAGUUCCCCCACAGCCACGUCCCCACACAAAUUUACCACCAACCGCGGGUUCCACAAAUCCACUAUAUCAAAAUGGCAAUGGAGGAGCCAGCGGUACGGGCAGCGGUGGCAAUAAUACUCACAUACAAUUCCCAAAUCAUAACGACAACCGUUGGAUCUCGUCGCUGCGUCGUUCACGCGAUCCCGAACUCCAGCCGACACUGCCAUCUAUCAAUUUGAGCCAUCACGGCAGCGCACACAACGUAGGUGGUAGCUUAAGCAACAGCACCGACAAAGGACGCAGUUCGCGCAGUGUUAAAGCAUCGGCUAUGGCGGCGACUCGCAAGAGUCGCAGUGUCGAGCGCAUACGUGCACGUAAGCUCACCACGCAAAUUAAACUCAAAGACAAACCUAAGAAGAAUUCAAUUGAUGAAAAUUCCAACUCUGACGAUCAAGAAAUCACAUCUUUGGAGGAGAACUCCACAUCACAAAAUACGCCAAAGAGUUCACCUAAAACGAAGACGAAAGUUUUCGCACCCAUCGGCUAUGAGCCACAUUUGGUAGGCACACUGGAAAAAGACAUACUGCAGCGUAAUCCCAGUGUCAAGUGGAGCGAUGUAGCCGGACUGAAUGAAGCCAAGGCCAUACUACAGGAAGCAGUUGUAUUACCCAUUAUUAUGCCAGACUUCUUUAAGGGCAUACGACGACCAUGGCGCGGCGUAUUGAUGGUGGGCGCACCAGGCACUGGCAAGACCAUGCUAGCCAAAGCGGUAGCCACCGAAUGUGGUACCACUUUCUUUAACGUCUCUUCAGCGACUCUUACCUCAAAGUAUCGCGGCGAAAGCGAAAAGCUCGUGCGUUUGCUGUUUGAGAUGGCGCGAUUCUAUGCGCCGAGUACCAUAUUCUUCGACGAAAUUGAUGCCUUGUGUACGUCGCGUGGCAGUGAUUCGGAACAUGAAGCGAGUCGGCGCUUUAAGGCCGAGCUGCUUAUCCAGAUGGAUGGAUUGAAUGCGACGCUGCAUGAUGAUAAGAUCAUCAUGGUUUUGGCAGCAACAAAUCAUCCGUGGGACAUUGAUGAGGCAUUUAGGCGACGUUUCGAGAAAAGAAUCUAUAUUGCACUUCCAAAUGAGGAAACACGUUCGGCACUUCUCAAACUCUGCCUCAAAGAUGUACGCCUUUCACCAAACAUGGAUACGAAUCUCAUUGGCGAUCAGCUGAAGGGUUACUCUGGUUCGGACAUAAGCAAUGUAUGCCGCGAUGCCGCCAUGAUGGCAAUGCGUCGUCUCAUUGCCGGCCGCUCACCUUCCGAAAUUAAGGAUAUACGUCGCGAAGACAUUGAUCAACCCAUAACACUACAGGAUUUUCAAGAAGCCAUGGAGAGAACUAAACAAUCUGUUUCGGCGGACGAUGUUACACGUUUCGAAAAAUGGAUGGAGGUCUAUGGUUCAUGUUAGGUUAGUAGCCAUUUUGUGCAUUGUAAACAAGUUAUCUGCGUCAAAGUUUUUAAAACAAUAAGCAAUAAAUUGUAAGCUUCUCUGUGUGUAAAAUCAAAAGGGAACACAAUAGGAGAAAAAUGCAUAUUUUUUUAAUGAUGUAAAAAAGUGCAUUUUAGAAUACAUUAAUAUUUACAUAAAUAUUUAAAUUGAAAAAAAGAACACUUCCGUAGAUCUUAGCUCCUAUAUUGAUUAGUAAUGCCGAUUUGUGUACUUCUGUUCCCCUUAUUCCUCUUUACUCAGUAGCUAACUAAAUUGACCUGAAUUCGCUCAAAUUUUGAAAACAAAACCCACCCCAUAUCCGAAAAUAAAUUCCUGUGCUUUGACUUCAAAUUUAAAAGAUAGAGCGUUGAUAAAAUGUAUAGAAGAUGUGAAUGUUAGAUAACCAUUUAUAAGCAGCUAGUCGAUAAACAAAUCAUUUUAUAUAAAACAUUUAUAAAUUUAAUAUCAAUAUAAU